AUGGAGGGUGAGCCCUUGCCCGGUGCCCCCGAUGCUCCCGAUGCUCCCGAUGCUCAAGCCCCUCCUACGCUGCAAUUGAAGACAACUACAGUCCCCGAGCUCUCCGCGCCUUCUCUGUCACCCUCGUUUAGGCUAGAUGAAGGCUAUUCGGAUGAUACUCGAAGUCAGGCCGAUAAAGAUCUGGGAUCGGACAAUGUCAUGGCACUUCCAAAUUGGGUGCUCGCCCAGUCCGAGGCCGGCAGAGCUGAGCUCGCAUACAGCCUUCUUCGAUCUCUACGAACCUCGAACAUCGCCGCAGUAGUUGAACGACUUAACCCCAUCCUCCAUAUUGACCCAUGUACCAGGCUUCCCCCGGAAAUCACAGGGGAGAUCUUUACCUACCUCGACGUUCGGACGCUUCUGAAUGCAUCGCUUGCAUCCCGCGAAUGGCGUGAACGUAUCCUUGACUCGGGUCUGUGGAAAUUCCAGUAUAUCCAUGAAGGUUGGGAAAUGGACACGGGCGCGAUUCGUGCGUUUGAGCAAGAACAUUCCGAGGCCAUGUCGCCUCAGACCCGGAAGUCCCGCCUACGACACUCGGAACUAGAUGUCGGGGAACCUAAGCAGAAAAAGCGCGUGCCGUCAACCUGGCUCGAUUCACGAAACGAUGAAAACCAAAGACCGACCGUGUUUGACCCUGUUCCACCGGUGGCCGAUAGUGAAGGCGAUCACCACAUGACUGAUGAUGACGACCAAUCUGCACAUUCGUUCGUUGAUGCCCCAGAGUCCAUUCUGCCAACUAAUGUUCCCGAAUCUUCUUCGCCGCUGUACCCACCUCUACAAUCGCAACUUCUCAUGCGGGAUACCAAUGGAAGCGCUAAAGUCAACUAUUUCCACGUCUACAAGCAACGUAGGCGCCUCGAAGCAAAUUGGCAUCAAGGCCGCUAUACCAAUUUUCAACUUCCUGACCCAUGUCACCCAGACGAGGCCCACCGGGAAUGCGUUUAUGCGAUCCAGUUCGAAGGCCGAUGGCUAGUCAGUGGGAGCCGAGACAGGACUGUGCGAGUCUGGGACCUGGAUACCAAAAGACUGUGGCACCCCCCGCUGGUGGGACACAUCAAGUCCGUACUUUGCCUGCAAUUUGAUCCUCGACCCGAAGAAGACAUCAUCGUAUCUGGCAGCAGCGACAAGUCCAUCAUCAUAUGGGAAUUCUCCACGGGAGAAAUGAUUCGUCAAAUUGAAAACGCGCAUUUCGACUCGGUGCUCAAUCUCAAAUUCGACCAUCGUUACCUUGUAACAUGUUCCAAAGACCGAACUAUAAAGGUAUGGAACCGCCGAGAUCUUCUACCAACUAGCAAGGAUUAUCCGCGUGUCUGCCAUGGAUCAGGCGCCACAUAUCCUAGAUGGAUAGUAGAUACCAGCAAAAUUGGACCGAGCCUUCUUGAAGCCGGCAUUGCAAAUGGUACAUACGAAACUCUAGAGCCUUACACGUUGCUUAUGACUGUGGAAGGACAUGGAGCUGCCGUGAAUGCAAUGCAGAUUCAUGGUGAUGAUAUUGUGACAGCAUCUGGAGACCGAGUGAUCAAGGUCUGGAACAUCCGCACUGGUGCAUGCUCGAAGACCUUGAUGGGCCAUGAGAAAGGCAUUGCAUGUGUUGAGUUCGACGGCCGAAGAAUCGUCAGUGGGAGCAAUGAUAACUCUGUUCGCAUCUACGAUCAUGUCACCGGAGCUGAGGUGGCGUGCCUGCGGGCUCAUAGUAAUCUCGUUCGCACCGUUCAAGCAGGGUUUGGUGAUGGUCCAGGUGCCGAUGAAACCUUGCGCGGAGAAGUGCAAGAUUGUGAAAAUGCGUUCUUCGCCGCUCAAGAGGCCGGAUUGGACGUUGGCAUGGGUCGUCGGGAGCAACGCCGCAAUGGCUACCAACCGAACACUACGGGAUCACGGGACCCUCGCGAUAUCCCUGCUCUGGGAGCAAAAAUCCCACCCGGUGGUGGAGGUAGUAGCUGGGCCCGUAUCGUGUCCGGUUCCUACGACGAGUCAAUCUUAAUCUGGCACAAAGACCGUGAUAACAGGUGGACAGCGGGUCAUCAACUGCGACACAAUGAUGCCGUCACGAACUCUGUUCGUGCGAGCCUCAGCCUACUGGCGCAAACCACUGUUUCUGCCCAGGCUCAACAAUUGCAAGCAGCACAGGCUCUGGCGACACUCGGGCAAAAUGGCAAUGUCGACCCCCAGCAGCUGGUCGCUGGUCGUGACAACCCACCACUUGUGCCUCCUCUGAUUAUCAACUCUGUGCCAGUCCACCCACCUCCUGUUCACCAUCAUCACCACCACGGUCACCAACGCAGACCUCAAGGGUCCGCCAUAGCUACGAGGGUGUUCAAACUCCAGUUUGACGCACGGAAGCUCAUCUGUGCCAGUGUGGACCCUCGCAUUGUGGGAUGGGAUUUUGCCUGCGAUGAUGAAGAUAUUAUUGAGGCGAGUCCAUUCUUCAAGGGCCUUUGA